AGGCUCGGGGGCCGGGCCGCUUGCGUCGCUUCCCGUGGGCUGGCGAAGGGAAGGGGAGAAGCGGAGGGAAGGGGAGGCGCUGCCCAUGCAGAGCAGGCAGCAAGAGCCGCCGCGGCGCUCUGGGGAGCAGCCGGAGCUGGAGCAGCCCAGGGCAGCAGGAGACGCCGUGGAGGAGCCGGAGGAGGAAGAGGCGGAGGAGCCCGGCCGGGCCCGGGCCCCCUACGCCAUGGAGAUCGAGAAGGAGUUCCGCCGGCUCGACCAGGCCGACAGCUGGGCCGCCAUCUACCAGGACAUAAGGCAUGAAGCCAGUGACUUUCCAUGUAAAGUGGCCAAACUCCCCAGAAACAAAAAUCGCAACAGAUACAGAGAUGUCAGCCCAUUUGACCACAGUCGAAUUAAGCUGCAGCAGGAUGAUAAUGACUAUAUCAAUGCCAGUUUGAUAAAAAUGGAAGAGGCGCACAGGAGCUACAUCCUCACACAGGGGCCUCUGCCAAAUACUUGUGGUCACUUUUGGGAGAUGAUUUGGGAACAGAAAAGCCGUGGCGUUGUCAUGCUCAACAGAGUGAUGGAAAAGGGAUCAAUAAAAUGUGCACAGUACUGGCCGCAAAAAGAGGAGAAAGUGAUGCUCUUUGAGGAUACAAACUUGACGUUAACCUUGAUAUCAGAAGAUAUAAAAUCCUACUAUACAGUACGACAGUUAGAAUUGGAAAACCUCACAACACAUGAAACUCGAGAAAUCCUGCACUUUCAUUAUACAACGUGGCCUGACUUUGGAGUCCCCGAGUCUCCAGCUUCGUUCCUCAACUUCCUGGUCAAAGUGAGAGAGUCGGGGUCACUGAGCCCCGAACACGGACCCAUUGUAGUACACUGCAGUGCAGGGAUUGGAAGAUCAGGAACUUUCUGCUUGGUUGACACUUGUCUCCUUUUGAUGGACAAAAGAAAAGACCCUUCUUCCGUCGACAUUAAGCAGGUUCUUUUAGAAAUGAGGAAAUACCGCAUGGGGCUUAUACAGACUGCAGACCAGCUUCGUUUCUCAUAUUUGGCUGUUCUAGAAGGAUCAAAAUUCAUUAUGGGAGACUCAUCUGUGCAGCAAUGGAAAGAGCUCUCUAAAGAAGACUUGGACCCCCCGCCGGAACAUAUUCCCCCACCACCAAGACCACCCAAACGAACCUCAGAAAUGAAUAACGGAAGGGUGCACGACCACAUGGAAAAUUCUUCAAAGCAUCGGGUGACGGAGGAGGAAGUCGCGUGUGCCGUGAGCGCUCUGGUGGCGAAGGUUCCUGAUGGCAGAGAUCACCCCUCUGAGCAUCCAGACAUGGAGAGCACUAGUCAAGACACUGAGCUUAGGAAGAGAACUGUCGAUGCCUCGCCACAAAGUGAAGAGAUGGUCAAGUCGGAAGAAGAAGACGAUGAGAACAUGAUGUCAACUUGGAAACCAUUUCUGGUCAACAUUUGCAUGUUCACUGUCCUGACAGCAGGAGCAUACCUCUGCUACAGGGUAUGUUUCCAUUGAUAGACAUGCCAGCGAUGGUAUCGAGAACGCCAGUAGCUUCGUCGGCGUUUUAACUUUUGUUACAAUAAAAGAAAGCUAAAGCGGGGCAUCCAAGCCUUUGCCCCAGUGGAAGUAUAUCUUAAGUUUGAGAUGCUGGAACUUUGGUUAGGGCUUAAAGAGAAAAUUGAUGCACUAGGGUUUAAUAUUAGCCCUAUGGUCCCAAGAACAUAAUAUUCUAAUCUCAGGGCCUUAAGAUAUUCAGGAGUAAGCAGAGAAUAUGCCAAAUAAGUCUUGUGGGGUGGUUUUUUUCCCUUUCCUUAUUUUUUUAAAUGGAAUAAUAAGAGUUUACAACACAUUGUUUUUUUAAGAAGUCUUUUAAAGCCAGUUUUUGUUCCUUUGGUUGUUGUUUUUCGGGGAGGGGAAGCCAGACACAAGUGAAAAAAUUGCUUGUAUUCUCCAAGUGUUUGUAACCAAAUACAUGAUUGGGUUCCUUAAAUCACCACUAUUGGGUUCCUUAAAUCGCCCAUACAUGCACACACCCCUGAAGAAUGUACAACUUUUUAUUUUAUUUUAUUUGAGAGGGGAGAGCUCUUUACUGCAUGCCUUCUAAAGACUGAGGACUCUCUAAAGAACCACUUUUUUUUUGUAAGUUCUGUUGCUUAAAUUGGCUGCUGCUCAGGAGCCCCAGUAAAUGAAUGGAGAUUACAUAAUACAUGC